AUGACGGCCAAAGCAAAAAGUCUCGGAUCCCUUCAACUCAUUUGGUGUGGUGCACUGCUUGCCAUUGUCGUUGCAGUGGCUGCAGUACAGCGUCGUGAGUCAAUCCUGUCUUCCGUGUUCUGGAUCAUUCCAUGUGCUGCUAUCUGUGCGUAUUUUUUCUGGGGCACCUCUACCAAGAAAAAGAGCCCACAUACACUCCUGAAGCUUGGCAACGUCCCUGAUCUGCCAGAAAACUAUGUUCACAGGGAAGACAUCGAGGCCUCGGUCCUGUCUUCCCUGACAGAACAGCUUCCAAACGAUCUGCAUCCCUUUGUUGUCAUCGAGGGCAUCGGAGGCUUGGGCAAGAGCACCACAGCAGUCGCCGUUGUCAGUACUGAAGCGAUCGCCGAUCGAUUCCCAGAUUCCAUACUAUGGUCACGCUUAUGUACCUGCGGCGAGCUUGGGGUGGAGCGGUUGUUGUGGCUUAAAGAGCUUCGGGGGCAGCUGGCGAGGCAGUUAAGCAAGCAAGCUGACAGCACGACUGUGGAGGGUUCCUUCUUUGGCGCUGAGUCUGAGGAUGACAUGGUCACCCGCAUCAACUACCUGCUGCUGGGGAAGAAGGUGCUGCUUGUCCUGGACGACGUCCGGUGCAGGGACGUGGUGAAUGUUUCAUUGAGAUUGAACUGCGCUGUUCUGGCAACCACCAACCACAGGACCAUCACCCCCCAUGGACCACGGUGCAAGAUCCUUAGCCUCCGGGCACUUGAAUAUGCUGAGGCACACAGUCUGCUGGCACGACACGUUGGUGCCGACCUGGUCCAUCCUGAGCUGGGGGAUGUUGUCAGGAGCUGCAAUGGCCAUCCAAUGGCGUUGGCGGCUGCGGGGGUGCUUUGGAAGAAGGCUCUUUCCCACGAUUCUGACGUGGUGAAGACAGCAGAGCAGAUGGUGCACAGCUUUCAGCAAGUCGGCGGCAGCAUCAAUGUCUGUGUUCCCUUCGGGAACAUGUUGCAGCCCAGUGAGAAAUGCAUGCAGUCAGCGGUUGUGAGGAGCAUAGAGCUACUGUUUGAGGGAUUGUACACAGACGAGAAGGCAAGCUACAUCAUGCUUGCUGUGCUGCCGUUUGAGCAUUAUGCACCAAGAGAAAUGCUGCAGUCUUUGUGGGGCAUGUCCAAGUCGGAUGCCAGUAAACUGUUGCACAAGCUUGAAGAUGCUUACCUCAUUCAGCGUUAUGUCAGCAAAAGCCAUGGGAAGACGUGGUGGGGCAUUCAUGAUGUGCACCUUGCCUAUGUGAAAGACUAUGUGAAGUCGGUUGAUGCAGUCGAGUCCUUGCAACUUGCCAAAAGGAGGCAGAGAGACUUCCUGUCACAGCUGCAAACUUUUGACAAUCUGGCGUCCACGUUGGGUGAACGAGAGCUACUCUCCUUUUGGUACGAAUUCACCUCCCUCCCUGACAUCUCCAAAGCCUACAUGGACGUCGUUGACAGGGGACGGAAUUCUUCCUUUGGCGGGCUUGGAGAUCUUGAGACCCAGCUCUCCAUGCUGCUGGAUGAUGUGCCACUCACACCUGGCCAGAAGCAAUGCAGUCCAGUGCACUCCCCUGCCACCAGCAAUGCCAACAUGAGUGUGGUAAUUCAGCUGGCAAGCUUGUUGUACGUGAUGAACGAGCUCCAGCCGGCUAAAACCCUCCUCCUAGGCAUCCUGCUGACACUGAGGGCCUCAAGGCGGAGCGACAGCUUGAGGGUUGUAGUGUGGCAUGGGUUAGGUCGCGUACUGGAGGCCGAGGAUGACCUGAUGGGCGCUGAGCGCUGCUACCGCAAGGCCCUGCAGAUAUCUAAGGAGAUGCAUCAGGAGGGUGAUGCGCAGUUGGGACUGCUCAUGAACAGCCUUGCUGUUGCCUUGCAGCACCAGGGCCAGUUUAAGGAGGCGGAGACGAUGCACAGGGGCUGCCUCACCAUGCGGGAUGCUGCGUUGCCCAAGGGCCACCCAGAUGUCAAGCAGUCCUUGAGUAACUUGGUGCUGGUGCUCCAACAAGAGUACAGAUAUCCGGAUGCGGAGGAGUGCCUCCGGAUUGCCUUGGACUUGGACAGGAAGGUGCUGGGUGAGGGUCACCCAGACGUGGCUGCCUCGCUGAAUGCCCUGGCGCUCGUCCUGCAGCAGCAAGGCAAGUUUAGCGAUGCAGAGCAGCUGCACAGGCAAGCCCUAGAGCUGGACAAGCGCAUAUUGGGACGGGAGCACCCUGACGUGGCCAGCUCCCUCAACAAUCUGGCCCUUGUGCUGCAGCGGCAGAGAAAGUUUAAGGAGGCGGAGCAGCUGCACAGGGAGGCACUGUACAUUUACACCAGAGUUCUUGGGAAGAUGCACCCAGAUGUUGCAAGCUCUCUCAACAACCUUGCACUGGUGCUGACAGAGGAGGACAAGCUGGAGGAUGCUGAGGCACUGCACCGUGAGGCUCUGGACAUUCGUAUGUCUGUGUUGGGCAAGGAGCAUCAGGAUGUUGCCAGGUCACUGUACAACCUGGCACUGGUUUUGAACAUGCAGGGGAAGUCUGCAGAGGCAGAUGUGCUGUACCGGCAGGCUCUGGGCAUCCAGAGGGCCAUUCUGGGGGAGGCCCAUCCCGAUGUUGCACAGUCCCUGAAUAACCUGGGAGGAGUGCUGCAGUCCCAGGGGGAGCUAGGGGAGGCUGAGGCCCUCCAUUACGAGGCUUUGAGCAUAAGGAGCAAGGUGCUGGGGAACGAUCACCCCCAUGUGGCCCAGUCGUUGAACAACCUUGCUGGGGUGCUGGAGGCUCAGGGCAGGUUGGGGGAGGCGGAGGCCCUGCACCGGCAGGCCCUGGAGAUCCGGAAGGAUGCCCUGGGGAGGGGCCACCUGGAAGUCGCAAGCUCGAUGAACAACUUGGGGAACGUGUUGGGCGCCCAGAGGAAGUUCAUGGAGGCAGAGGAGUGCCACCAGGCGGCCCUGGACAUAAGGAGGAAGUCGCUGGGGGAGGAGCACCCAGACACAGCCAGGUCUUUCAACAAUCUGGCGGGCAUACUCGAGGCCAGGGGCCACUUCAAGGAUGCCGAGGGGCUGUAUCGAGAGUCUGUCAAUGUGCUGCGGGCCACCCUGGGCAAGCACCACCCGGACGUUGCCAAGUCGCUGAUAAACCUGGCCAUUGUGCUGGGCGAGCAGGGCAAGGCCGACGAGAAGGAGUCCCGCCUUAGGGAAGCCCUGGAGAUUCGGAAGAAGCUGUUGGGUGAGAGGCAUCCCGAUGUGGCAAGCGUGUUGGGCCUGCUGGGGAAGACGCUGGGUGCUAAGGGAAUGCUGGAUGAGGAGUUUUCGCUUCAUGAGGAGGCACUGGAUAUAUGCAGGCAGGCCUAUGGGGAAUACCACCCAGAAGUUGCACACUCCUUGAACAAUUUGGCAGUAGUGGCGCUGCAGCAGGGGCAGCUGGAGGAGGCAGCAAAGCUGCACAGGGCUGCCCUGAACGUCCGAAAGAGGGUGCUGGGCGAGGUGCACCCUGACGUCGCCAGCUCCAUGAACAACCUGGCCAUCGUCCUGCAGCAGCAAGGCUUGAUCGAAGAGUCGGAGGGGUUGCAUCGCCAGGCUGUGGAUCUGGAGAGGCAGGCCAUGGGCAACGACCACCCUGAUGUUGCCAGCUCGCUCAACAACCUGGCCAAUGUGCUGGGCGCCCAGGGGAAGUUCAAGGAAGAAGAGGAGUUGCACCGUGAGGCGUUGGAAAUUCGCAGGAAAGUAUUGGGGAAGAUGCACCCAGACGUGGCAAGUUCGCUGAACAACCUGGCGUCUGUGUGCCACCUGCUGGGCAACUACAAGGAUGCAGAGAAGUUCCACCAAGAGGCGCUGGGCAUAAGGCGGGAAGUGUUUGGGUCUGAACAUGCAGACGUUGCCAAUUCGCUCAAUAAUUUGGCUAAGGCUUGCAGGGCUCAGGACAAGCUGGUCUCAGCAGAGGAGUACCACCGGGAAGCGCUUGACAUACGAAAGAAGCUGUAUGGUGAGGCACAUGUGGACGUGGCGAGUUCCCUCAAUAAUUUGGGGCUGGUAGCAGAGGAGGCAGGGAGGCUGGAAGAGGCAAGAGCCUUGCUGAGGCAGGCGUCUGGGAUUGCGAAAAAGGUGCUGGGGAAAAACAACCCAACCGUCGUUGCCAUCGAGAAGAAUUUGGACAUGGCCAUGAAGGCCAAGCGAAUUAGGCAUAAGAGGCAACACUAA